CUAUCUUAAUUUCGUGCCUUUAAAUCUCGUUAGUGUCUUUCGCAGCUAUAAUUGUGACAGGCACCACACAACUGACAAGCACACAUCUCAGCACGCCAGCGUAAAUCUUCGCACCAUAGAAAUUUUUUCACAUCGUUGAAAAUUUAUACCAGACCAAAGGGAGUUAACACUAUUAACCAAGAUGUCACGUUUCUUCGUAUCUGGGUACAAUUCCGAGUCGUCCUCUGAAGAAGAGGAUUUAUUGAGUUCUUCUGAGGAAGAGCUCCUUUCUGAAGAAUCCACCGACUCCGAAUUCGGUAAUGAUUCUGAUUCUGAUGAUUCCGAUUCCGAUUCUGAUGGAGCACCAUCAGGUCCUUCCUAUUUCUUAAAGAAGAGCUUCAUGAAGGGCUCUGGUGGAGACAGUGACAGUGACAGCGAAGAUGAGGGCAGAAAGGUUGUCAAGUCCGCCAAAGAAAAGUUAAUGGACGAUAUCCGUGAUUCUAUUGAAGCCAUCAAUGUCGCCAAGCGUACCAACUCUUGGUCCACCGUUGUGACUGAAUUCGACAAAUUGAACCGUUUCUUGCUCAAGUCUAGCCAACAAGGCUUCGGCACACCAAACGUUUACAUUAAGUGUUUGGGAGGAUUGGAUGACUAUAUCAACGCUACCCUUGAGAACGAAAAGUCUGAGAAGACCUUGAACGCUAUCGAAGCCAGAGCUAUCAAUACUGCUAGACAAAGAUUGAAGAAGCAGAUCAAGGAAAACCAAGUUUUCUAUGAUCUUUUCAGAGAACAACCAGAAUUAUUCGAUACCGAAGAACCAUUGAAUCUCCCAAGCUCCACCAAGCAACAAGACGACGAAGCUAACAACAGAUUGUUGAACCCAGUUUUCGCCACCUUGAAACAAAUCGCCGAAACCCGUGGUAAGAAGAACAUUGACAAAUACGAACAAAUUCAAACCUUGGAAGAAUUAUUGCAGUCCUCCAACAAGAACAACACUUUUGAAUUGAUUUCAAUUUAUCAAACUUUAUUGUCCAUCAGAUUUGACGCUUCUUCUAACCAAGCUUUCAUGCCAUUGGACUUAUGGAAACAACAAGAAUCAGACCUUAAUGCUUUGUUAGACUUGUUAGAAUCUAAAUUCAAGUCUUACCAAUUUUCUGAGUACGGUAAAACCACUGAUGAAAUUGAUAUCGAACCAGAAGCUAAUGCUGAUGGUGUCAAGGUCAUCUUUGGUUCCAUUACCUCUUUGGUUGAUAGAUUAGAUGAUGAAUUCACUAGAUCUUUACAAAACACCGAUCCUCACUCCAUCGAAUACGUUGAAAGAUUGAAGGACGAAGGUAUAAUCUACAAGUUGAUCGUCAGAGGUCAAACAUAUGUUGAAAGAGUUACCUCAGAAGAUGUGAGGACAAAGACUGAACAGUUACCAAGAGUUGUUUUAAGAAGAUUAGAGCAUGUAUACUACAAGCCAGAUCAAUUGAUUAAGGCUAACGAAGCUGAGGCUUGGAAGGGAGUUGACACUGACUCAUCUCUUGUUUCCAAGACUGCUACCCCAGCUGAAUUGAUUGAAGGAUUGUGUCAAUACUUGUCUAGCCACACCAACAAGAUCUACGGUAAACACGCCUUGUUACUUUCCAUCUAUUACUAUGCUGUCAAUGGUAACUACGCAAGAGCUAGAGACUUGUUCUUAAACUCCCAAAUUUACAACGGCAUCAACCAUUUCGAUUCCACCUUACAAGUUCAAUACAACAGAGCCUUGGUUCAAUUAGGUUUGAGUGCAUUCAGAUCUGGUGCCAUUGAAGAAUCCAACCGUGUCUUGAACGAAAUCGUCAACUCUCAAAGAUCCAAGGAACUUCUUGGACAAGGUUUCAACUCCAAAUAUCCAAACCAGGCUACCGUUGUUGAAAAGCAAAAAUUAUUACCUUUCCAUCAACACAUAAAUUUGGAAUUGUUGGAAUGUGUUCACAUGACUUGUUCUUUAUUGCUAGAAAUCCCAGCAUUGGCUGCAUCUUCUAACUCUACCAAGGAGAAUAAGCGUAAGGCUAACAUUAAAUCCUUCAAGAGUAAGUUGGAAUUCCACGAUAGACAAUUCUUCACUGGUCCACCAGAAAGUAUCAAAGAUCACAUCGUUCAUGCUUCUAUCGCUUUACAAAAGGGUGACUGGUCUAAGGCUUACAACUUGUUAUCCUCCAUUAAGAUUUGGAAGUUGUUCCCAGGCACUGAAGAAUUAUUGACCAUGAUGAAGAACCAAUUACAAGUUGAAGGUUUAAGAACUUACAUCUUCACCUACAGAAGCAUUUUCACUAAAUUAUCAAUUGCCAAGUUAUCUAAGGUUUUCGAUCUUCCAACUGAAAAGGUUGUCGAAAUUUUGGAUGCUAUGCUCGAAGGUCCUGAAGUUAGUGGUGCAUUCGAUGACAACAAGACUUUCAUCAACUUCACCAGCAGUGAACCUCAAAGAUCCAGAUUGCAAGAGUUGGCUAUUGUGAUGAACGAAAAGGUUGGUUUGUUGACCGAGAAGAACGAAAAGACUUCUUCCAACGGUUUUGGUAAGAAGCAACCUGCACAACAACAGCAACAACAACAACAGCAACAAAGAGAACAAAAGGACUCUCUUCAAGAAGAGAACAACAAGUUCAGAUAUGCUAAUGUUAACUCUAAUAAUGAUGAGUUUCAAGCUGCUGCUUAAUUGAGCUCAUGGAGAGAAAUUAGGAACGCCCGUUGGUAACUAGAUUCAUUCAUGAUGGCUUAGUGCCCCCAAUUUCAUUGUAAAUUAUUGCAUGGCUAGUCUUAUUGCAUUGGAAUAAAGCUUAUGCUUUGUUCUGAGUUGAUAGCUUAAUAUAAAUUCGAUUAGGAGAUAAG